UUAAAGCGCCAGCAUCUUACUGUGCGUUACUAUCUGCAAACAUUCUGAUGUUAUCACAGGCAAAGACAGGUGCUGAGCUCUAAUUGGUCAGGAGGUCACAGGUACAUCAAGCUAUCUCUUCCAGUCAGGUGGUUACAUCAUGAGUCGGUGGCGUCGUUCAGUGGAUGAGCUCACAGCUGGGCGACAGAGAUACCAGAAAGAGUGUGAGCGCGCUCAGAACGCUCUGAGUCGAGUCACUUCCUGUUUCCAACAAUUGGUGGCGUCGCUUGGAAGUACAGCCGAUAACAGCUACCUACGGGAAGAAAUCGGCGAGACGAGAGCACUGGCUCACCGGAUCUGCUCAGGCUUGUCUCAUCGCCUGCUUCGCCUGCUGUCAGCUUGCGACUCCGCCCCAAUAGCUGUGGAGGACAGACAAGCUUCAGAGCGUCUCUGGGUCCUCUUCCUGUCUGUAGUGGAGAACUUCCUGUGUGAGCUCCAAAAGGCCAAAGAUCUGAUUGGUCAGUUUCCUCUGACUCAACGUUCAAACAGAUGCUCAUUGGUAAACACAGGAUGUACCGAUGGUCUGGUGGGUCUGGCAGCCCGUGUGGCUCUGGUCCAGAUACCCUGGCUGGUUUUAGAGGAAGGGCCGAGUCCUAAACUGACCGAUCAUAUUGCAGGACUGGAGUCCCUGCUAAGUGAGCUACAGCAGAGGGUUCCAGUAGCUUUCUGGUCAGUGGAGGCAACCCAGCCAGCCUGGGCCGAAGUUCUCAGCGACCCAGAUGAUCCAGAGGACAGCCUGGAGGACAUUAUGGAGGUUGAGGUGAUCUCCAACAGUAGAAAUAGAAACAACAUGUCCGCCUGCUGCCCGGGGAAAUGCUGCAGACUUAGUUGUGUUGGAUAGGCACAAACACUUCAAGAUUGGUUCCCCUUUACCAAAGAAAACAGAACCGGUUCCCCUGCAGCAAAUAACAUCAGUAAUGUAAUCCAAGUGAAUUUAACUAAGUUUUUUUCAUGUAAAAAUUCUCUACAUUUCCAGAGUCAACUUCCAAGAUAAGCUAGAAAUGACUAUCUAUGAAUCCGUCUGUCUGGAUGGGUACAGCUUACAGAGAAUGAAAACCAAAAAUGAUGUGUCUGAAAAAAUGUGAAUAUUGUGAAAAAGUUAUAGUAUACUCAUAGGAAGUUGAGUGAAAGGAAAAAUGUAGUAUGAAAAGGUGCCUCAGGAACAGGGAUAACCGCAGCCUCAAGUGGAUCGUCAAGCAACAUCAUUUCAAGACUUUGGUGGAGCUUCUUAAGUGGUGGACUGACGCUGGAGUCAGCGCAUCCAGAACCACUAAGCACAGAUGGUUCCUACACGUGGGCUACAAGCAUCUUACCUGGACUGAGGAGAACUGUUGCUCAGUGGUCCAAAGACCUCUUUUGAGAUUAAAGUUUUCAUUUCAUUUGGAAAUCAAGGUCUCAGAAUGAGGAAGAAUGAAGAGGUCCAGAAUCCAUGUUGCUUGAAGUCCAGUGUGAAGUUUCUACAGUCAAUGAUUUGGAGUGCCAUAUCAUCUGCUGGUUCUGGUCCACUGUUUUCUUUAGUCCACAGCCAUUUACCAGGACAUUCCAGAGCACUUCAUGCUUCAUUCUACUGACAAGCUGUAUGAUUUCAGUUUCCAGCAGGACUUUGUACCGGCCCACACUGCCAAAAGGUGCCAAAAGCUGGUCCAAUGGCCAUGGACCAGCAUACGCAAUGGUCCAUCAAGAUCUCCAUACAGAAUGUAUAGAGUUCUGUCAAGAGGAAGAUGAGACACCAAAACCAACAAUAGAGAUGACCUGAAGGCAGCUAUCAAAGCAACCGAAGCGUCCAGAACACCUCAGUAGAACCACAGGCUGAUCUUCAUGCCAUCCCGCACUGAUGCUGUAAUUCAAGCAACAGAAGCCCAGACCAGGUACCGAGAGCAUAGAAAUGAACAUAUUUAGAAUUCUGACAUUCCCGUUUAAAAUAUCCUUUAUUGGUUUUAUGUAAUAUUCUGAUAUUGAGACACUGAAUGUUGGGUUUUGAUUCUCAGAAUCA